AUGAAUAAUGACAAUCAAGGAAACCCGUACAUGCAAAGGUUCAAGGGCAUCGAAAAUUUUCUGCGCCGAGUAGCAUUUAAUUUAGGUAAUACUCCAUCACAGACAGAAGUCAAAAUUAUAUCAUGUAUUCCAAUAGACGUAACAGACCUACAGCAGAGGAUCAUAACCCUUGAAAGGGAAUUACUAGAAGCUAGAACUCUUACUAAUUAUAAAGCCAAUACUAUAAUGAGCUCAACCAUUAAUAAAAACACUCCAACUCGGCACUCCACACCAAUUGUCCAAACAGCUCUUGGUAAUCCUACCCCAAUCUGCUCAAAAACGAAAAACACUGUGCCAUGCAAAUGUAGUCAAACAAAUGUUCCGGUUACGAAUCAUGGGUGCAACACAAAAUCGUCAACUAAGAAGAAAUCAAGUGUAUGCUUUGUAUCCCCUACUGCUUCAGACCAAAUUUGCACAAACCAAUACGAGGUAACAUAUGCAGAAUCCAAUGUUAAUGUGAGAACAGCUUCGGCAAAUUGUGAAAAAACAAAAGUGGCCAACAAAAUCGUCCCGAAGAGGCUUAGGAGAGUUUUAAGAAAGAAAGCUAAACAGAAGACACAGUUGGUCUAUUUCGCUCAGACUUCUAACACACCUUUUAACAGUUACGACAUGACCCCUGAAUCGAUUAAUAAUAUUACAUUAGCGAACAAGAAGUCUGUUAUCAGCCGCACUUACUUAAAUAAUAUGAUUCGCAAGCAAUAUGAGCCGGAGGUAAUUGCCAAUGAGCCGACCGAUAUCAGUCAAUUUUCCUCACCCAUCUGUAGAGACAUAGAUCCCAUCAAUAUCAACUCAUAUGAGUCCAAUUUAUCGUGUGACUAUAAAAAAUUUGAAAAUCUCGAUAAAUUUUUACCAAGGAAAAAUAAAAACCUAAAUAUUACACUGCAGAAUAAUUUGGUCAUAGACCCAGGCCCAGUUUCCUUAUAUUACCAACAAACCCAUAGGAAUAAUCAUAAUGGAUACUACGAUUCUGAUCAUUAUGAUAUAUUCCCAGUUAAAGAAAAAUCCGUUAAAGCGAAGAAAGACGAAAUUUUGUCUAAACAGUUUCAACGAAUGCAUAUUGAAUAUUGGCCUGAAAAUCUUCGAACUAAAAACAAUAUGCACCCAUUUUUAUAUGAAACUGCUAAAAGAACAUAUGAUCGUAGACACGACAAUAUUUGUAAAGAUGAUGAACAGAAAAGCACAAUUUCAAAUGCUAAAAGAAAAAAGGGUCGAAUUAACGGAGAACGAGAAAUGAAUUCGGGUGAACCUAAAAUUUGUUCCGUAGAUUAUGGAAAUGUUUAUGUUAAGAAAAAUUUUACUACUGAUAGUACACAAAAAUCUAACCCAAAAACUCCAUGCUUAAAGAAUACACAAUGUUUAACUGUGAACGCAAUAAAUACAGAAUGCCAGACGGUGGAAUCAAAAGCAUUUCAGCAUCAUGUUCCAAAUGAUAACAAAGCGGAAGUUACUCUCAACCAAAUCAAAAGUAUAUUACAAUCAGUUUUAACUGAAGUAAAAACAAAUAUUAAAUCAAAUAACGUUGUUCAUAAGCCAAAAAAAGAUGUCGUGAUACAAAAAGAUGUAUCUCAUAACAAUAUAGAGAGUGGUUCAACAUUUCUCAACAGUUUCACUUACACUCCUUCUUAUAGUAUUAAUCCUUGUGUAGCCUCUUACUCACGCCAAGUCCCUAAUUUUUGUUAUGCCAAUUUGCCUGCCUUACCAAUGAAAUGCUUACAAAACUAUCCCCUAAUAUUACCUACAAAACGUCAAAAUUGCGGGUGUCAACAUAGAGGCGGCGAUCACAAGGUAGAAUCACAAAUCCAAACAAAGCCAGCUGCUACUACAGCAACCAAUACUGAUGGUGAACCAAAAAUGCAAAAAAACGAAGCUAUUAACUUGAUUAGGGAAAUAUACAAAUCCGUAGCUGUGGACGUUGACUAUUCAAAUAAAAACACGUCACGCAUCUCAUUCGGAUACCAAAAAAGGACAGAUCACCCUGAAGAGCAAUCUGUUAACACCAAAGAAGUAACUAGCAUCGAGCAACGGUCAGCAGGGCAAACAAACACUGUAUUGGAUGUACCUACUAUACUUACGUCCAAUAUUACCGACAACAAUACCGAAUCAAUCACAGAAAGCUCGCAAUCAGAAGUAAAAAGUGAAUUAGCGACGACUGCUACUGGUGAAAGUUCUCAAAUUACUGACAACAACACCGAGGAUGAUAAAGUAUAUCGUUCUUCAGACCAAGUGGAAAACGAAACAGCUGACCAACAAUCUAACAACGAAGAAACUGCAUCUAACAGCGAAACUGAAAGUGAGGAUACGCUUGAAGCCGAUGAAGAAACAAAAGUAAAUAUAUGUCUCAACCUAUUUAUAGCUAAAUCACCAUAA